AUGGGUACUGCAGGAGCCAGUCAUCCCUACAAUAUGUUUCCUAACUACAACAUAAAGUACCCAAUGAAUGUAGAGAUGUUUGGUAAUAUGGGCACCACCCCAUAUGGCAUGCCGAAUAAAGGAGGAGGCAAUUACCCUAAUAUGAAUAUGAUGAAUGGAAUGAGUGGAGCCAACGACAUGAAUAACGCAGGUGGAAAUGCUAACCCCGCUGGGGGAGGCAGUUCUUAUGGAGGGCUCAACACAAUGGGUAAUAUGAACAGCUACAAUAUGAUGGGCGCCUAUGGAGACAAUAGGUACAGUAACUUAAAGUCCAUGGAUCCGAUGAAGACAUUCAAUGAUGGGAUGGUUAUGGGCGGAGCAGCAGGUGCAGCAGCAGCAGGUGCUGGUGCAGCAGCCCACCAUGGAAAUAACAACCUUACCAAUAUGAUGGGCACGGGUAAUAUUGGCAACGUGGGUAACUACAACAGCUUGAACAAUUUUAUGCAUAAUCGGAAUUACCCUAAUGAUAUGAGCAUGCGAAUGCUCAGCAGUAGAGGCAUGAUGGGGGUGAACAACCCUGCGAACAUGUGUAACAAUCAGGGCACCAUGAUGAUGAUGGGUGCGGGAGGAGCAGCAGGAGUCGGUGCACCUGGGGCAACUGGAGUAGGCAUGCACGCUAACACAAGUAGUGCUGCCCGAUUUAAGAAUGAACAGGGGGAAGAUGAAGAGUACGAUGAUGAAGAAGAUGCAAAUGGUGGCUCGGCCUUAUAUGGAGGAAGUAAAUACAUAGGGGGCAAAAAUGCACAUGGAAAGCAAACGAAUAAAGCAAAAAAAUCGGAGACGCAAAAGAAAGAUAAGAAAAAAAAAAAAAAAAAAAAAAAAAAAAAAAAAAAAAACGCAAAUACCUCCCUUGAUACAGAUGAAGAUGAGGACAAUGAGCUGUAUGUCAACACGUAUGUGAAAAAGUCCAAUACGAGGAGUAGUAGUAAGAAGUCCCAGCUGUAUGAUCCCGUGGAAGAUCGAUACAAUGAAAGGGCAAAACGGAAUGAGAAAAACGACAUUUUUGUUUCCCCGUAUGUGGGCGCAGUGGAAGGAAGAACCAAUUUGAGGGAGAGGAGGAAGGUAUACAAUUACGCUCAGAUGGACAGCUACUUUGAAACGGAUGAGGAGGAUAAAAAGGUGGACGAGGAAAAAAUGCUGCUCAGGCAGGAGAAGCAGAUCAUGGGAGGCAUUGACCGCGUGCUGCACCAUAGGAAGAUCGUCGACCACAAAAAUGUGAAUAAUAUAAAGAACAAUCCCUUCCUGUACAUCAACAAGGAGAAAGGCGCAGCUACCAAUGGAGCGGUUGCUGGUGGAGCGGCGGGCGAUGGAACGGCGGGCGAUGGCGCAGAUGGCAAGGCCGUGGCGGCGAACGACCACGAGGACCCAACCGUAGACGACUUUUACGAGGAGGAGGACAUUGAAGACGUAAGUCAAGUAGAAUUCCUAAUCAAGUGGAUUGGAAAAUCUCACAUCCACAACUUUUUCUGUACCUAUGAAUACUUAAGAAUUUUCAACGGACUGAAAAAGGUAGACAAUUAUAUAAAGAAAAUUAAACAGUCAUUUCAGAAGAGGAAGUACAUGACGGCUGAUGAAAUAGAGCAAGAGAAAAUUUACUCCGAGAUUAAGAAGCAAAUUGAGAUGGACGCCAUCAACGCGGAGAGGAUAGUAAGUCACAGAAUGUGUGAUAUAACCGGUGAGCAGUUAUUUCUUGUGAAAUGGAUGAGCUGCGCGUAUGACCAAUGUACAGAAGAGACUAAGCAGACUUUAAUAGAUCAUGGGUUCACAAAACUUAUUGAAGAAUAUUUUGACCGGGAAAGUAAAAUAUAUGGCAUGAAAGCUUUUUCAAGUGUUUGGAACAGGGGUCCUUUAACAGCUACCAAAUUCGACCCUUACAAUGAGACGCCAUUUUAUCUGAACGGGAAAAAGUUGAGGGCAUAUCAGUUGACUGGUCUCAAUUGGAUGGUCAGCAGAAUGAAACGAAGUUUAAGUGUGUUACUUGCAGACGAGAUGGGAUUAGGAAAAACGGUGCAGACCAUCGCAGUGGUUGGUCACAUGUUAUAUAAGGAGAAGUUAGUUGGGCCUUAUCUUGUAAUCGUUCCUCAAUCCACUGUUGAUAAUUGGUUGAAUGAAUUUAAGAGUUGGCUUCCCCAAGCAAAUGUCGUGUGCUACCAUGGAAAUGCUGUUAGUAGAGAGCUUAUAAGGACUCACGAAUUGAAAAAGGUUUACGUGGCUAAUAAGGGGUAUAGGUAUAAAUUUGAUGUGUGUAUUACGACCCCAUCCAUUUUGAAUAGCGUAAGCGAUUUGGAAUUGUUGAAGAAAAUGCCGUGGCAGUUAAUGGUGGUGGAUGAAGCUCAUCAGUUGAAGAAUAGACAAUCUAAGAGGUUCAUAGAAUUGAAGCAAUUUAUGGCUGAAUCGAAAUUACUCCUUAGUGGUACUCCCCUUCACAACAAUUUGGAGGAACUGUGGACCCUGCUUCACUUCCUGAACCCACAGCAGUAUACACAUUAUGAGAAUUUUCAAAAAAAAUAUAACGAAAUUGAAAACACUAGUUUAAUAGGGGAAGCGAAGCAGAAGCAGUUGAUGCAGUUGCAACACGAGUUGCAUGAAGUUAUUUUACGUAGGGUUAAAAAGGACGUGGAGAAAUCUUUACCUAACAAAGUGGAGCGAAUUCUGAGAGUAGAAUUAUCACCCAUCCAGAUUGAAUUUUACAAAAAUAUUUUAACAAAAAAUUAUGAACAGCUAGCUAAAGCAUCUGGUGGAGCAAAGAAUUCUCUUCAAAAUAUUUGCAUGGAAUUAAAGAAAGUGUGCAACCAUCCCUUUUUGUGUUGUGAACCAGUAGACGAGGAUGAGUAUAAGGAACGGUUGGUUUAUUCAAGUGGAAAAAUUUGUCUCUUGGAAAAGUUACUAAUUAGAUUGAAGGAGAGAGGAAACCGUGUGUUAAUUUUUUCACAAAUGGUAAAAAUGUUAAACAUUCUAAGUGAGUAUUUAACUUUACGCGGAUUCAAACAUCAGAGGUUAGAUGGAACCAUGUCUAAAGAAAUGAGGAAAAAAGCUAUGAACCAUUUUAAUAGUAAAAAUUCAGACGAUUUUGUUUUCCUUUUGUCAACGAAAGCUGGUGGUUUGGGUAUCAAUUUAACGUCAGCUGAUACUGUUAUUAUUUAUGAUUCAGAUUGGAACCCACAGAAUGAUUUGCAAGCAGGAGCGAGAGCACAUCGUAUUGGACAAACGAAAACGGUGCAGAUAUAUAGACUGGUUACUAAGGAUUCUAUUGAACAGACCAUCCUUGAAAGAGCUAAAGUUAAAAUGGUACUAGAUACUCUGGUUGUUCAAGGAUUGAACAAAAAGCAAAAUGAUAAUGUGAAUUACAUUGGGGGAGAAGGAGGAAAUACAUCUAACGGAUUCACAAGAGAAGAAUUGUCAAAAAUUUUAAAAUUCGGUGCACAGAAAUUGUGGGAAAAAAACAGCUCUAAAUAUUCCCCUAAAAAAAUGGAUGAAGAAGAAAAAACGGUUAUUAAAGGAGUAGAUGUGGACUUGGACAAAAUUUUAGAAGAAGCUGAAGCAAAUGAAAAUGCUAACAAUGCAAAUAAGGAUUUGAAUUCCGAGUUUAAUAGUCUUCAUGGUUCGAAUAAUUUGUUUCCUGGUGGUAAUAGUUUGUUUGGAAGUGGAACAUCAGGAACAGGAUCUGGUACGGGAGCGGCAGGUGGAGGAGGAAUUGCAGAUGAUCUACUUAGCUCAUACAAUAAUAUCACCGAGUUCAAAUAUGAACCACCAGCCAAUUUGAAAAGUAACAUUUAUAAUGACUCCACUAAAGCGGAUGAGUUAGAGGAGGAAGAACAGAAUGAUAAGGAUUUUUGGGAUAGAACUAUUCCAUUAGAAGAGAGACUAAAAUUGAAGAGGAUGAAAGAGGAAGAGCUGUUAGUUCAUGGACCCAGAAAGACCAGAACCCGAGAUAAUAAUCGACACAGCUUGUAUAUAGAAUCUGCAAACACACAAACAAUGAAUGAUGAUGAUGAUGACAGUGAGGAGUAUACAAUAAAGUAUAAUGAUAAGAAUAAAAAUAUGAAAAAGAAAAGAAAAAGAAGAACUUCUACUCAUAUAACAGAAAAGGAUAAAUUCCGAUUGUACAGGUCCCUUUUGAAAUUUGGUAAUCCUUACCUACGUCUAGAAGAUAUUAGAAUUGAUUCCAAGCUCACCAAAGUCGAUCAAAAUGUCAUACUCACAGAGUUAAAUAUUAUUGUGGAUACAUGCAAAGAAAUUGUGGAGAAGGUGGCAAAAGAGAACUCCUUGAAGGUGAGUGAGGAAGGAGGAGGGGGGAUGGUGGUAAAGGAUGAUGGAGGAGGUAUUAUAGAUGUUACAGGUGGAGUGGAGAAUGAUGAAGAGGAGGAAGAAGAAGAAAGGGCUGUUAAACGAGUAAAAGACGAAGCCGAUAUUAAGCUAUUGAAAGAGGAGGAAAAUAAUAAUACUACUACGACCACCGAUAGUAACCAUUUGACCGUCGCCUCGUGUGAUGACUCCAGUGGGAAGAAAUUGGAGGAGGGAGCCGAUGAUGCGGGCGUUGUCGCCGAUCAUCACACCGUUGAUAGUGCCAAGAGUUAUGAAGAGAAGAAAUCGUCACCUGCAAUGAAGGGAAGUAAUAAGUCCUCUUUGAAAGCUGUGUCGUCUUCCGAGGGUGUUGGUCGUGAUGGGGAAGAGGAUGGAAACUCCGUAGCUGUGGCGAAGGACAGCGCGAAAGAAGGCCCCACUGAUGAAACAGCAGCGGGAGAAGCGGCUGCCGGAGGAGGAGGCUUCUUUUCCAAGUUUCUGAAUUUGGUCAAGGGCGAGGGGGCUGAAGAGAAGGUUGAGGGGGUGAAGGUAGAAGUGAAGACGGAAGUGAACGAAGUGAAAGAAGUGGACGAGAUAAACGGAAAAGAAAAUGAUAACAACUCCAAUGAGGAGAGCGAUGGAAACACUAAGACUAAGGGCACGGAACGAGGAAGGAAGGUAGACGCAUACACUUUCUACAUUGGCACCAACAGAGCCAACGCCCUGGACCUGUGCCAGCGUCUUCAAUUAUUCAAAAGCUUGCACGAGUUUGUGAAGGAGCAGAAUGGAGGAAACGAGUACAGCUUCAGGCUUCCGCUCAAAGGCACCAGUAGCAGCAGCGCGACCGCCAAUGUGUCCUUCGGUGUUGUGGAGGAGGGAAAGAAGAGUAAGCAGGGGCAACAGUUACAGGAGAAAACCGAGUUAGAGGGUGAAGUGAAAGGAGAAGUGAAAUCUGAAGUGAAGACUGAAGAGGGAGAAGUAAAAAUAGAACCUGGUGUCGAUGCGGUUUCUGAAGCGCCCGCAGAAAUCAAGGCAGAUGUGAACGACUACCUAAAACUGAAGCUGCCUGAUUACAUAUUUAAUCAUUUGAGGGACCUCGCGACGAAAGACGUGAAGGCAUGGUCCAAGGAAGACGAUGAAAAUUUAAUCAAGGGGGUGUAUGUUUAUGGGUUCGGGUCGAUUAACGAAAUUUGUUCAGACGUGAACCUAAACUUGGGUCAUAUAAAAAAUGUCAAGUGUGAUAAAGUUAAGAUGAGAUGUGUGCGUAUUUUGAAAAUGAUUGAAGAGUUUAACUCGAAUGUUAAGGAUGAGACAACUAGCAGGAAACGUAGAAGGGUGCGUAACAGGAAUAAGAACAAUGAAGUGAGUAAAGGGGAGGGAAAAGGCAUGGGUUCUGGUGCAGGAACAAGCAGUUACAAGAGGAUGAAACAGGAGGAGGAUGAUACCGGAACAGUGGACACCCCAGUAGCCGGAUCCACAGGAGGAACAACAAACACCCUAGGGAAGGGAAGCGGUGGAAGUAAUCAUAAGCAAAGCUACUACAGCAGGAGGAGUAGCGAAAGGGUCAAGUCGAUCUACAUGCAUGAUGAGAGGGAAGACGGAGUGGUUACGAAGAAGAGAGCUGUUUGCUCCUCAGGAGGAUCCUUAAAAAGGGGAGAAAAAGUAGAGCACAACGUCCAUGGAGGAGGAGAUAGUAGUACCCCGCAUAGCGAGAGAAGGACAGGUGGCACACGGUCAUCAGGGUCAGCAGUCAAAGGUGAAAGGAGUACCCAUCACAACAGCAGUGGUGUUGACAAUAUGGGGAGCAUGAUGAGCCUUGGCAGUAUGGGCAGCUUUGGAAGCAAUACCAUGAAUAACAGAAAGAGUAGCAACCAUCCUGGGGGUGGUGACAGCUCAGAGUGCGCCUCGUCUCACGAAAACAGAAGCUUCGGUAGUAAAGAAGAUGGAGACCACGCUGUUAAAGGUAGUAUUAUGGGUGCUGGAGGGGCACCAGAGGGCAGCGUCGCGCCCAGGAGAAGUCACAGAAGUAGUAGUAGUGGCAAAAGGUACAACACUCCCGUGGAUGAUAGUGGGAAAAUGACUCGAAGAAAAAGCUCCCGAGUGAGGAGAGCAAAGAAUGAAGCUUCUGACUUUGUCACAGGGAAAAACAAUACAGUUGGCUCAAAUGAAGGUGAAUACUUUGACAGUUAUACAGACCUGAGCAUGAAUCCCGAGGGAGGAGCAGGGAUAGGCUCGCUGGAGGUAGAAGAUAAAGAUGUGGAGUACCAAAUAGGGGACGAAAUGGAUGACGAGGAGGAAAGAAAGAGAGAAAAAAAACAUUUAAAAAAAAAAAAAAAAAAAAAAAAUUAUCAGAUGAUGAAGUACUGCAUAAAAUUCAAAGCUGUAAUUUGA